AUUGAAGGCAAAUACAUUUGUAUAAUUGAAUAUUCAGUCUUAUAUCUUUCGUCAACCAAAAGAGUUCAUGAUGAAAACGUUCGUGGUUUUUAUUUUAAUAGUAAUUAGUUUUAAAUGUGAAGGAAUCAGAAAUGGCUACAUUGUAGAUCCCAAUCGGAUGUCAUACUAUUGCCACACGGCCGCAAUAAUGUGUUUAAAGGGAAAUGGAGAAAAAUCGUUGUUUUGUUCUGGAGCCAUAAUAUCGCGAUAUGCGGUUUUAACAUCACAAGAUUGCCAAUUAGAUUUAAAAGAGCAAUGUUUAACAUCAUACGUUCGUGUUGGAGACGUGAAUAUUGAAAAUUCAAAAGAGUAUGUUAUUGAGGAUAUCAAACCCUACGACUUGAACGUUCGUGAAUAUAGCUAUUGCUUUGCUAAAAUAUCCGAGAUGGAGAAGAAGACAAAAACUCUUCCGGCCGAUUAAGAAGCGCAUUUCUUUACGUUGAAGAGAGAAAUUAUUGCAGACAACAAAUGUACUCUUUAAGAAAGAAGAAUUUGGAAAAAACUGACUUUUGCUUCACGUAUUAUCAUGGUGGACAAGAAUUCUAUGGACAAGAUGGUGAUCAGGGCGCACCCUUAGUAUACACUGAUCCCGAAAACAGUAAGAGAUAUUUAGUAGGUGUUGAUGGGUGGCAAAUCAGAGAUGACAAAACUGUAUUUCUUGAAACUACGCCAAGAAUUAAGGACUUUGAAAAGUGGAUAAUUCGACACAUACCUAUUGAACACGAAUCCAAUGAUAUUGUUAAAACACCUAUUGAACACGAAUCCAAUGAUUUUGUUAAAACACCUAUUAAACACGAUAUCAAAAUGACACCAGAACUAUAAAUUGAUGAUGAAAUACGGCUGAUAUAUGAUGGACCUCUGUGCAAGACUCUCUCCGUGCCUAUGUUUCUUUUUUCUAUUAACUAAUCACAUUU